AUGGCGUCCGUAUCGCUACCCACAAAAAAUGGUCUCACUGACUCCUCUACCUCACCGUCGUCUUCGUCGACCGGCGCCCUCUCUUCCAAAUCUCCAUUUUCUUACUACAAUCGCUUCGCAAAGUGGCGGGCUGAUCUCGGAUUGCCAUUCCCAGGCAACGUUGAAAAUCUCCAGAAGGAAGUCAAGGCGACCCAUCUCACAAAUUUGUUUUUCGAUGGCGCUCGCGCCGACCUCACCAAGAGCAUGUCCAUGAACCCGCUAUUUCAAGUUACCCACUCCUUUGCAUUGGGUUCACAAACGUCUGCUCCUUCCUACAAUUUCGGUGCUAUGUUUGCCAAUGAAAAAGUAUUCAUGCAAGGUGGAGUGGACCACGACGGAAACGUGAAUGCCCGGUUAAACCAGGGUUGGUCACCCGGAAAUGUCUCCAAAUUCCAGGCCCAGAUGUCGUCCCAGCCCGGGCACAACUUACUGCAAGUAGAGCACGAUUAUCAGGGACAGGACUACAGUCUGAAUGGGAAAGCCCUGAAUCCCUGGCCCACAGAUCUGACGGGUAUCUACAUUGGCAGCUACCUGCAAUCAGUGACGAAAAACCUCGCUCUCGGUGUUGAGUGUCUGUAUCAGCGACCAGCUCCUGAAAUAUCAGAGCUCGCCACGAGCUACAUUGCCAAGCUCACUGGUACGGACAAAAACUGGAUAGCGACCGCAAACUUCCAACCGGCUGGUAUAUUGCAGGCGACGUACUGGCAAAAGUUGAGUGAAAAGGUCGAUGUUGCUGCCGACUUGCAGGUGAUUGCUGCACCAGCCCGUCGGGACGCGAUUGCAACCUUGGGCGUCAAGUACGAUCUUCGGUUGGCGACGUUCCGGGCUCAAGUAGACUCGGGUGGAAAAGUAUCAGCAUUGCUUGAACAGCGAUUUACGCCCACGUUCACCUUUAUGUUAUCAGGAGAGAUUGAUCACUGGAAGAAUGCUGCGAAAGUCGGUUUCGGUGUUAUCAUGGAGAGCACAUCACUUUCACAAGAAGAACUGGAGGCACAGAUGGCCGUCACCCCACCAUGA